AUUCUGUUGCUAGACGAGGGGCGAUCGUUCCACUAGAUCGGUAAGCAAGCAGAGACACCCGCCCCACUCUAGACUCCCUAGUCGCCCGCGUCUGCGCCUCUGUCCGUGCUGUAAGUACGUGUCACCGCAUCUACGCAAGCUGCAGCUGCCUGCCGGUAACAAUCGAUCCCCGAGAUCUGGAAAGAGAGAUCGCAGAGCUAUCGAUCUGUCGAGUCGUCUUUGUUCUCCAAUAGUCCAUCGUGAUUGGAUAUCCCGAGCUAUCCGCCGCCACCCCCUCCCAAGCUCCACGCUGCCAUGUCGCCUCCAUCUCAAGAGCCCGACCAGUGGACCGUCCUGGCGCACGCCGUCUCGCGCGUUCUUGGCUGGUCCUACGUCCUCUGCUGGGGCAUAUCCUUCUACCCCCAACUCCUCAGCAACAUAAAACGGCGUUCAGUCACAGGCCUCGCACUCGAUUACUUCGUCCUCAACGUGGUUGGGUUCGCCUGCUACACCGUAUCAUGUAUCGCAUUUCUCUUCUUCCCUGUGGUCCGCAAAGAAUAUGCCGAUCGCCACCCCGAUGCGCCGGAGCCGACGGUGCGGGGAAAUGAUCUUGCGUUUGCGGCGCAUGCGUUGGUGAUCAGUAUGAUCACGUUGUCGCAGUUCUGGACGAGUCUGUGGGGAUAUGAGAGGCAUCCGACACAGAAAAUGUCGAGGCCUAUGAAGGCAUUUGUCGCAGGGUGCUUCGCGGUUGUAGGGAUUAGUUGCGCUUGUGUAGACAGUGACAGUUGGGGGUGGAUUGACGUGGUCUACACGCUAACAACCCUCAAACUCGCCAUCAGCCUGCUCAAAUACACCCCUCAAUUUCGGCUGAACUACCUACGGAAAUCCACCGUGGGGUGGUCGAUCGAAAACAUCCUUCUCGACUUCUCAGGCGGCCUGCUGUCGCUCUUGCAGCUACUGCUGGACUCGUCGCUGCAGAGUGAUUGGUCGGGAGUCACCGGAAACCCCGUCAAGUUCUUUCUGUCAUUGAUUGCGAUGGGCUUUGACCUGGCGUUUAUGUGGCAGCAUUACGUGCUUUAUAGAGUCAAGGGAGAGGGGGAGGAGGUGGAGGGGGAGAGGAGGGGGUUGUUGGCCCAGGAGGAGCGUGGGGAUGCGACUGUGUAG